ACCAGCAUCAAAAGAAGGACACAGCCGGCUUGACCAGGAGAGGCUGCGGGUUCUGGAUGGUAAGGGUGGCUGCCCCUUGUCUUAAUCCAGUUUGAUCUGUUGUCUGACUCUCUGCUUCAGUAGUCAGUCCUCUGCCAAAGGAAGAAUCCGCGCUCUAUCUCCUGCUUAGAGGAGGAUUAAUUAUUGCCAGCCGGCUUGGCCACCACACGAGAGCACGGCUCUGCAUCUGAUCCAGUGGCUCUAUGAUCACUGCUGGGCUGGCAUGUGGCAUUGAGAGGUUGCUGAGUAACAGCAGACCAGGGGGGCAGAAGAGGAAGAGGGUGUGAUCGUUGCUGUUGUAUAAAAUAGGGAAGAGCAAAAGCAAGGACACAACUACGACAGAUGUGGGUUGCUUCGAAGUUGUAAGGUACUCUAAACCCUGUCGACCUUCAACGUUAGUAUAAUUAUUAAAUUAUAAAUGAUUAAACAACUUAUCGAAGCAUCAUUUAGCAAUGUUGAUUUAAAUGACGUACUGCACUUUAUAGAAGUGUUUUAUUCCAGAAUAUGAGACUUAAUUUUCAAAAGACAAUCAUAGAAUUGAAACAUGAUUAGAGGGAGGACAGAUAUUAUGAAGGAGCUGAUGAAUUAGUGUUUGGAAUCAUUUUGUAAUCUUUUGUAAAUGUUAUUUUGUAUAAUUUGUCCUUCCUCACAUUUUCCACCACACAAGGAAAAUGGUUUGAGGGAGUUUAGACAUGAUUGAGGUGAUGAUAAAUGAGCAGGGAGUAAUUUUGGAGUAUAUAUAAUUUUUAUAUAGUUCAUCGUGUUGUCACCACACAAAGGGGAAGCGUCCACUGUUUUCGGUGAUGUUUGAAGGUUUCGCAUCCUUACCCGUCACAGAAUGGACUUUGCUUCACGGAAAAACAACGUCGCUCCGUCAGGAAGUUUCUUUUUCACAUUAUUAUAUUUUUUUAGGAAAGCAGUCCAAGGAUUAUGUACGGUCCCAACAUAACUCCACCACACUGCCGGGAGAAUCCGAGCAGAGUCUUACAAUCCACAUUGAGUUGGAGAAACCGACAAGUGGCGGCUUGGGCUUUGCAUUAGUGGGUGGUGACGGUGGAACGGCUGUGCUGGUGAAGGCUAUUGGCUCAGGCAGUGCGGCAGGUCUGGACGGAAGGCUCAACGUCCGUGACCGGCUUUUACAGGUCAAUGAGGAGGAUCUGUCUGGUCUGAGCCACAGUGAAGUUGUUGAGAUUCUGCGCAGAGCGCAAGGUUCGGUGAUGCUGACCAUCGGUAGGAAGCCACCCGUCCAGUUGCACGACCCGCAAAGCACCGGGCAAACCUCUCCCACAAAGAUGCGAUUCCAACAGCAAAAUCCACAAGGAUUUGAUGCAGAGCGCCCAAGAGACAACCCUGGAGAUCCUCAUGAGAUUCCCAGGAAUAAUGGUGUCCGUGGGACAGAGGAGCAGAAUGGCAAAGACAACUUGCAACACAGUGCUGACUGCACAGCGGAUUGCUUCAGUGGAAGGGGUUCGGGAGGAAGGGCAAGUGUUAGUGAAUAUGAAGAUGUGGGUGGCGAUGAGGAGGAGAGGUGUGAUUCAGGCAGCUGGAGCAGUGAUGAUGAUCAGCCUGGUCUCUCCAGCAGAACGCCUGCACCCCCUACAGGAGAUCCCAUCGUGUCAGAGGAGGAGCUGAUGAGUCUGGCUUUGUGGAAAGCUCCAAUUGGCAGCAGGUACCGAGGAGGGAGUCUGGAAAUGCUCAUCUCCAACCUUCAGCAGCAGCUCAAUCAGCAGCAGCCUCUCAAAGAGUUCAUGACACUCGAACAUCUGAAACCAGUUGAUGACUGUCUGGUGGGAAAAGCUGCAGAAAACAGAGAAAAGAACAGAUAUAGAGAUAUCCUGCCCUAUGAUGAAACCCGUGUCCACGUCGGAGACCAGGGCUACAUCAACGCGAGCCACGUCAGGAUGCCCUUUGGCACCGAGGGGUAUUUCUACAUCGCCUGCCAAGGUCCUCUCCCCAGCACCACAAGUGACUUCUGGCAAAUGGUCUGGGAAAACAAGGCUGAUGUGGUGGCCAUGAUGACCCGCCAACAAGAGCGGGGAAAGGUCAAGUGCCAUGGUUACUGGCCGGACAAACUCUACAAACCAAUGAACGUCAACACGUACCAGCUCAUCCUGGAGAAGCACCAGGUAGUGGAUUCCUUCGAAAUAAAUGUCAUAAGGAUGGCAGAGAUUGAGACAGGGGAAGUACACUAUGUCAAACAUCUGAGAUUUGUCAGUUGGCCUGACCAUGGUGUCCCACACUCAUGCGAGCAGCUUGUACGCUUUAUUCUGUACAUGGGAGAUGUCCACCACACAGGACCUUUGGUGGUGCAUUGCAGUGCUGGUAUUGGGAGAAGCGGAGUCCUCAUCUGUACCCAUGUUCUGCUGAGCUUGAUCAACAAGGGACUCAGGUUUGACAUUAUGGAUAUAGUGAAGGAAAUGAGAAGCCAACGUCAUGGAAUGAUUCAGACCAAGGAUCAGUAUUUGUUCUGCUACAGCAUGGCACUGGAGAUUUUAAUGGGCAUUCAGCAGAUAAACCAACAAGAGGCGGAGUUGUCGUGACAAAGUACGGCACGGUGGCUGGGAACACAUGGCAGCUGGGAGCACGGUACUGUGUGAGCCAGCAAGUACAACUCUACUCGACUGCAAUAUGAUCAAGAAAGGUGGUGCAAAGCCAAAACUUUACAAAGGUGUAGCUGUGCUCUCUCCCCUUGGUCAUCAUAACUAAAGAAGCUAUAACCAAAUCUGUUCAUAGUGUAUGUACCUGUAACUCUCGUAAGCACACAUUUCUGUUAUUUUCCCGUUAAUGUUUCUUUGAAACGUUAAAUGCCACAAAUGUUUUAAACCCAACCAAGCUAGUUGUCAUUUAGUUUGAUCUACUCAUGAAUCCCCCUCCUCAUGACUUUAGAACAUAGAACAGGACAGCACAGGGACAAGCCCUUGGGCCCACAA